AUGUGGGUGGGGCCAUCCCAGGGGGUGGGGCCCCCUGCCUAUAUCUUAGCACCCCAUCCCCAGCUCUGGCCGCUCUCAGCCAUGGCGUUCCCUGCAGCAGUGGCAGGUCCCUGGCUUUGCUUGCUGCUCCUCCUGGGGGUUCCCCUCACUCUGGGGGCCUCUAUUCCUGGGGGGCUGCACAAUGUGUCAGUGUCAGACCCGGAAGUCCAGCAGGCAGCACAAGUAGCCGUAAAGACCUACAACGACCGCAAUAAUUGCAUAUACUACAGCAAGGGGCUGCAGGUGCUGAGCGCCCAGAGACAGGUCGUGUCCAGGAUCGUGCUAUAUCUGACCAUGGAGAUGGUGCAGACAUUGUGCACGAAAAACCAAGGUGGCGUUGUGGAUCCUAACAAGUGCCCCCUGCCACCCCCAUCCCAGCAGAUGAAAGUGCGCUGUAACUUCCAGAUCUGGUCUCAACCCUGGCUCAUGAGGACAGAGAUAAAAUUUCGCUGCAAUUCUGGCUGUCACUGAGCCCCAUGAACACAUCAUCUGCUCCACUAACAAAGUUUCACAGGAGACAGGCCGGCUCCGUCUUGCACUUCUUUUCUCUACUCCCCCAGCCUUAUUCCCAGCACGUGAUGGGCGAUCAGUGUCUUGAAUCCAAACUGGGGUUGGAAAUCAACCAAUUCCUCUGCUUCCGGACUGAUUUCUAAUCCCUGAUUAAUGCCAAAACUGGAGCCUCUGGGCUCUUUCUGUUACCCCUGGGUCUUGGACCUGCUUCACUAGUAGCAAUAAACCACUUUACU